CUCUCGAUCCGGUGGCGCCAGCAGGAGACCGGCAGGAAUUGUGUUCCCGGGGCUCGCUGCGGCCUGAGACCACUGGGGGUGGGGAGGCCCGACAGGAACAGCAUCAACUCACCGAGAGUGGCCUGGGGGAUCAGCUCCACCCGAGAGACCGUCACCACUACCCCACACACCGGGAUUGAAGAUCUUUGGAUGCUCAACAAAAGGGUUUAAAUCUUUGACUACAUCUCUCCAUGAUUGAGACUCUGGGUUGUUCCAUUGGCAUCUCCCACUCCUCUUUGGGUCAUUGAGUUCGCUAAUCCCUUGGCACAGUACUUCAGGCUGAAGCCAUUCGACAAGCCUGGAACCAUAUCUCUGGAUGGUUGUUGACUUUGACAGAAACAUUGAGAACAGAAGCCAAUCCACGCCAAGAGAGAUGAUGAUGACAGAAACUGACUAAAAGCUGAGUGAGUGAAGGAAGAUGAUGUACUCCUCCAGACGCAAACCUGUCCUCUAUUUCACUAAGGAAGAUAGCAGGUCAGGCCUGCUCCUUAGGAUGUUACCAAGAAGAUGCUCCAUCUUUAAACUGUUCUGUUCAUUAAUAAUGCUCGGAUUCUUCUCAGUUAUAUGGUUGCACUACAACUGCACGAUAAACAGCAGUCAGAGCCGCACUGACGAUGCGUUGGUGCACGAGUCCUGUCAGGAAGAGACAGACAAUUCUGCAUGGGGCCCUCACAAAAUCGCAAUCAUUGUCCCUUUCAGGGAACGUUUUGAAGAACUAUUGACUUUUGUGCCAUACAUGCACGCAUUUUUAAACAGGAAGAAAAUCAGACACAAGAUCCUUGUAAUCAACCAAGUUGACCACUUCAGGUUUAAUCGAGCUUCUUUGAUAAACGUGGGCUUCCUGGAGAGUGGCAAUGAUACAGAUUACCUCGCUAUGCACGACGUGGACCUGUUACCCCAGAAUGACCAGCUGGAUUAUGGCUAUCCUGAAAAAGGGCCAUUUCAUGUGGCUUCUCCAGACCUUCAUCCUCUGUACCAUUACAGUAGCUAUGUAGGAGGGAUACUCCUCCUGACCAAGCAGCAUUUUGAACUGUGUAAUGGAAUGUCGAACCGGUUUUGGGGAUGGGGCCGUGAGGAUGAUGAAUUUUAUCGUAGAAUAACAGCAGCAGGGCUGCAGCUGUACCGUCCUACUGGAAUUGAAACUGGGUAUCAAACUUUCAAACAUAUCCAUGACCCAGCAUGGAGGAAGCGAGAUCAGAAGAGAGUGUCAAGACAGAAGCAGGAGCAGUUCAAAACUGACAAAGAAGGUGGUUUGAAAAACUUGAAGUACAGUGUUGUGUCCAGAACAGAGCUGACAAUUGAAGGGGUACACUGCCUCAUCAUUAACGUCCUACUGGAAUGUGACCUGAAUGAAACACCUUGGUGUGUCAUAAACUGACUGGAGGAAGCUGGAAAAUAACAGGAUCUCACUUUGCUUACGUGGUUAUGGUGAUAUCAUGAGUGGACCUAUCACUGUGUGAUCAUGGGCUGCUGUUCUUCCCAGGGAUGCCCUUAACACAGAAACAGGUGCUAAAGUAAUGCAGUAUUACAGGGAGGUCCGAAUGGAAUUUCUCUUCUGCCGGCUGAACUGUGCUGAUCAUUACGGUUAUAAAUUACUGCAUUGUAAGAAGUCGUCUCAGAUGGAGUAAUAUGCUACCUUUGGGACGUUGCUCACAAAGGAACAAAGCCCAGUUUUUGUUUCUAUUUGGAAUGUUUUAAAGCAUCAAAACCUUUGUUUUAUUAUUGAGAACAAGCCCGUUAAACCAUGUGGUUCCCCCAGUGGAUUGUACCAUGCCAGUGGUGACGAAGUCAUUAUCUAUCAUUGUUGUACAACGGUUUAUUCAGUUGGGAGCCCAUGCGUGAUCGAUCCAUUGAGUAAUGAGGAGCAUUGUCAGCCAAGGGAGCCUUUUCCCUGAAUUAAUUGGCGACCCAGGAAUUGUUCAGUUUGUAAACCUUUGCCUUUGUGAUAAACUGUAAACCUCCUGUGAGUGUGAUCUAAAGCCUAAAGGUGCUCCUUUCUGAUUCCGACUGAUGGAACAAAUGUUUACAAAGAACUGGGUACUGUUAUCACCGCAUUGAUUUAUUCCAUUUUGUUGGUGAGCAUGGCUGUUACAAAGGACAGUGCUCUAAAAGUUACUGCCUCUACAGUUAGAAAAAGCUACAUUCCAGACUUCAGUGUAAAGUAUGGGAAUUAUUUUAUAAUGAAGCAAAAGGACACAUUAGGCUAAUAUGAAGCAAUGUACUUGACAUUUUUACCGCUGAAUCACUGUGAUGUCAUUUAAAUAACCUUUGUGUACUUGAGGCUACUGUCACAGUAACAGUUUGGAUGGCUGCACAGCUGUGACCUAUGGGACCCUGCUCAUUCUGAUUCUUUCGUAGCAAAAAUUAUGAGGAGCAGGGACAACGCAGUGAUUCACUUGGGUGUUCUGCCAUCUGGUGGAAUAUUUGCAAUCCUACAACAGUAAAGUAUUAAAUGGGUGAAUGUUUAUUCUGGGCCACAUGAUUUAGUUCUACGUUUCAAGCUGUUGGUGAUUUUUAUUUGCCCUGCUUUGAAGCUGUUCUCAGUUCCUGCAGUUUCUUUUGGAAUUGUCUUUUUUUUAAACUUAAACAGAUUUUUUCAAAAAUAAAAUCUUUCUGCUGAUGAAAUAUGAAAUGAACUUUAAUGCAGAGAUGAAAGGAAUUGUAUCAGAUUCACAGGAAGAGUAUAACAGAGGUAUAAAUAUAAAUAUUGUUUGAUCUCUUUCAAUAUUCUUGAAGCAUUUGGAUCCAUUGAAUUAGAAAAAAAUGUCAGUGCUUUAAAGUUGCACAUUCCUUUUUUACGUAGCUUAAAAGAGACUAUGUUACCUGUUACUUCACACUUUGGCUAUUUGAGGGUUAAAGCAGUGUUGGCAUUAAUGGAAGAAAUGGAAGGGAAGAUUUAUAAGUAAAUUUAAAACUGGAAAGACCUUUUUAGAAAAUUUCCAUUUGUUUUGGUGUCUAUUAAGCUUUGCUGGAUAGGUCCAUGAGAUAGAGGGUACAGUGAAUUCAGUAUUAGUGAGUAGCAACUGCCACUCCAGUGCAUUUCUUUAUCGUAUUUAUUAAUUUUGCA